UUUCCCAUGGCCAAUAGCACAGAGGUGAAGGACUUCAUCCUGGAUGGUCUAACCAGUGCCGUGGAGCUCCAGGUUCCCCUCUUUCUCAUGUCCACCCUCAUUUACCUCAUCAGCUUUUUGGGGAACCUGGGGAUGCUCCUGCUGAUUCUCCUGGACCCUCGUCUGCGCACUCCCAUGUACUUUUUCCUCAGUAACCUUUCUUUGGCGGACUUUGGAUACUCCUCAGCUGUCACGCCCAGAGUGAUGGCUGGGAUCCUUCUCAAAGACAAGGUUAUCUCUUACAAUGCAUGUGCUGCUCAAAUGUUCUUUUUUGUAGUCUUUGUUUCUGUGGAGAAUGCCACCUUGGCAUUAAUGGCUUAUGACCGCUAUGUAGCAGUGUGUAAACCCUUGCAUUACCCCACUGUCAUGUCCAAGAGCAUGUGUGUGCAGCUGGUCCUAGGCUCCUACUUCUGUGGUUUCCUGGAUGCCUCCAUUCACACUGGGGGUACCUUCAGUCUCUCCUUCUGUGAGGCCAAUGUGGUCCAUCACUUUUUCUGUGAUGUUCCAGCCGUCAGGGUGCUCUCUUGUUCAGAUAAACACAUUAUUGAGAUGGUUCUUAUUUUCCUUACAAGUUUCAAUGUCUUUGGUGCUCUUCUAGUUGUACUGAUUUCCUACCUGUUCAUAUUUAUCACCAUCUUGAAGAUGCACUCUGGUAAGGGGUAUCAGAAGGCUCUGUCCACCUGUGCCUCCCACUUCACUGCAGUCUCCAUCUUCUAUGGGACCAUCAUUUUCAUGUACAUACAGCCCAGCUCCCAUCACUCCAUGGACACCGACAAGAUGGCAUCCGUAUUCUACACCAUGGUGAUCCCCAUGCUGAACCCACUGGUCUACAGCCUGAGGAACAAGGAGGUCAAGAGUGCAUUCAAAAAGAUUUCUGAGAAGGCCAAAUCAUCUCUAGUAUUGAAGUUUUAA